GUGGCGACCGCCGAACCAGGGUAGAGGUAGUGCCGACGCCGCGGAAGGGGGAGGGGGAGCUCCUGGAAUUAUCGGUAGCGACAAAGCAGAGCUUUCAUCUAGUGCUACAACCGGCCUUCCAUCCGCGACUUUCAACAUUGCCAAGAACAUCACAGCAUCCAAAGGUUUGCUCUCUUCCAUGUUCACCUCCCGCCGGGCGUCGACUGCCGCAGCGACCGUCGUGCCACAACAUCCGAACGAAGCUACUGCACCAGGUGAAACAUCAUCAGCCACCGCCGGCCCAAAGCCCAAAUGGGUCCCGCAGCGCCAGGAUUCGGGCUUGAAUUUUCUCGGGGUCCUCCCCACGGCGAAGGGUGGGGGUUUAGGAUUUUGGCGCGUCCCUUUGCCGAGUAGAAGGACCAGCACGAUUCCCACGGCGGCGAAUAAUUUUUCCCGCCGCGCGUCCGCGAUGGGAAAUUUGACGAGCAGAAGAGCGAGUCAGGAUCAAACACAGUUCACGCGGCCAAUUGAGGAGACGAUCGUGGAAACCAGUACGAGUUUAACCGACACGGUGGAGACUUCUUUGAACAACAAGAAUAUAAUCCGGGGCGGAACAAACGCGACGGAUUCGAAGAGGAGCUGUGGGUCGGUGGAUGAAGAGGAGGAAGAGGAUAUUGAAAAAGCCGACGGAUAUAAUUACGGUGAAAAACAAACAGAACACUCGACAGCUGCGUUGCAAGAUCAGCACGCGAGGAUGAACGCAGCGUCAGCUUCUUCUUCUUCUGCAGCUGCGAAACUGCAACAGAAAAAACCUCCUGCAGCUAUAACCUGCUCAGGCGUUACAAUCGCAAACGUUACAAUAGAAUCUGGGAUUUGUAUUGCAUGACGAACAUGACAGACUCGCAGAGCGUUCCACUUUCUGCAAUACAAAUAUCGCCAGACUCUAGUGCGGUUUGGGGCUCCGAAACUUGUCAUGCGCAAUCCUGUGGGACUAGGGUAGAUCAUGCACUUCCUGCAUCACAGAUUUCCAGAUUCUAUUGUAACGCUUGAGAUUGUAACGUUUGAGCGGGCCAUAUCAGCGAAGCCCCGCCGGGUGUCCAUUUUCGACGACUGGGCGAAUCCGGUUGAGUCCACCAUGGUGAAGCAGAUGCGAUCCCAUUCAGUUGUGCUGGAUAAGUCCGAGUUUAUGAAACAAUACCUCCAAGAACAACAGCAAGAGAAUAAAGCACAAAGCGGUGAAAAGAACACCCAGAUGACCAACCCCUUGCAAAUCGACGACUCCGAUCUCCUUACCUGUGAGCCGGUAGAAGUAGAUCAAGCGGACGGCAAUACGGUGGACCAAGACAUCAUCGUUUUGCCGCUGUUUGAAAACGGGGCGAAUUUGUGGGGAAGGAGACAGAGCCAAACCGGGGCGUUUUCCGGGUUUGUCCCCAGGUGCAAUUGCCGGAACGGAAUCCACACCUGUAUGUCGCCUAGGAGUACCACUGCAACAACUGCGGUCGGAACGGUUGUGCCCUCGACGCAGCAGAGCGUGUUUAAUUCGCAGUACGUCUCGCGGAGGGGGAGCGAUUGGAAGGUACUGCUUUUGGUGAGUUUGAGAAUAGAUUUUUCUGCACGCUGAAAAUUUUGCUCCUUCCGCGUAUGCAACAAGGAUAAAUUCUGCGACUUCGGCUUCACUGCCAGCACAUAAAUAAAAGCUGAUAAACACGACCUCAAACCCACGACAGGACUCCGCGCGUCCUUCCGGCAUGCUUGAUAAGUCGAUCGUACCUUCCCCGGAAAACGAGCUGCACAUUUCCGUCCUAAAAGCCGGCGUGGAGCUUACCAACAACAAAUCCCCGCACUUCGCCCCGUUCUCUCCGCCGGAUCCAUGCAGCCCGGGCGGAGGACCACAGGCGGUGGACUUUCAGAUCGCAACUACUUCGAGUGGAAUACUGGGAACUGCUGGCUUGCACCAUCAGGAGGAUGGGACAACAGCAGCUGCAUCCCUCGGUGGCAGUCUUGUUUUCACGGGGGAGAUGAUUGACAGUACUUCUACGGGGAUGAGCAACAGCCGAACGCACUUGCUACAGCAAGCAACUUCUGGAACAACCACGACCGGAGCUGCAAUAGCUGCCGCGACCGCGGGGUCAGGUCCUAGUACAACCAACAGCAGCUUCGGUGCUAUCGCCGUUUCACCAGCGGCCAACCCGUUUAACAAUCUUGCUCCCGCGGCCUCGGGCUUGCAUCAGGUGCAAGAUCAUCAUAUCAAUUUCGCCACGGCAACAACCGGAGUAAAUGUAAAUCAAGGGCAAACAAGCAUCCAACCGAAAUUCGGGCUCGCGAACAGUUCCUCCAGCAACCCCGCGGAAAUGGUAGCGGGGAUCGAAGCGAUUCAGGCGAAGGAUUUGUAUCAGAAGCUGCUCGAUCCAAAUGCAAACAACUACUCCGAUGUUGUGGUCAUCGACGUGCGGGGCCGGGACCACGAGGGUGGGCACAUCCCGGAUAGUAUUUGGAUCAAGACUAACGAUGUGAUCGCGAAUCCGGGGUUUUUGAUGGCGGAGAUCCGGGCGCGGAAGGUCCGAUCGGUGGUGUUCACCUGUAUGUACUCGGUGUUGCGGGCGAGACGAUGUUGCACCGCGUUAUCCGACUACCAACAGAAGGAAAGGCUGGAGUCGAAACACGCGGCGUACAUGAUAAAAAUCCAGAUCCUGGCCGGCGGGUUCCAUGGCUGGGUGAACUACUUUCUGAACAACAAGAUGAUUUCACUGCCGACAGAAACCACUGGUAUGAAGAAUGCUCCUGCUGCACCCAGCACAGGAGGAGCCGCAGGAGCCACACACGACGAACAACAAGCUCCGACCAGCGCUUCCGAAGAUUUGCUGUCCGGGAAGACCACUACCACGCUCUUCGUGGAAGAUUUCAAGCGGGAGUGCUGGACAAAGGCCACGAAAGACAUCGGGGAGUCGCUGGGCUACGUGCACGUAAUGGAUGCGCUGUGGUCGGAGGCGGGGCAGAAAAAACUCAUCAAGAACUUGGAAGAAGAACUCGAAAAAUGCGCCCGGGAAAAACUCGGGGCGCAGUUGCAGAUGUUGAGCGACGAAAGAGGUUGCGGUGGGGGUGGGAGCGAAAAUGAAGAAGAUGGGAAGGAGGAGGCAGAAGGGGGGCCAGCUGGUGAGGGUGACGGAGCGGCGUCUGGCGCGGGGAAUAAAACGGGUGAAAUAUUAGUCUGAGUAGCAGUGAUGUAGCAACGCAACUUCAACUUGAAAACAACAAAAUUAUACUAUGCUUAGAUAGAAGUAGAACGAAGGCAUCGCGCAGCAAAUGCGUCUCCACUCGUCGAUUGAGUAUUACAAAAAUAGUCAUGGAAAGUCUUCCAGUGAAUUUGAAAACAACUGACCCUGAGUUGUAGCCGCGUACUAGCAGAAGUUUCUCGUCCUCCUGUCCUAGUUUCGCGUUUUCGAAUUUGUAUUUUUUCACCAUCAGGAGCGUCAACAUCUUCUCCCUUGAAUGAGGAGCAUGAUGGAACCAAAACCAGUGCAGUAAACACUCAUGGACCACAAGCAAGUUUCAAUGAAUCUAUGGGGAACAUCACGUCGUUCUCUAGCAAGGGACGAUUCAUAUGAGCAUCAGCGAUUCGAACAAU